CGAUUCGGACUCCCGCAGUGUGCCUUUUGCCCCUCCAUGCCACGUGCUGGCGGCUAUUUUGGGAGGCUUAGCAGUUACAUGGCUGACGCGUCGUCGAAGCUGUGCGCCUUAUAAGAUCGACACACACCUUCCACCUCACCUUCCCCUCCUGCCACCACCAUCGUUGCGUAUUCGAGUAUCCCGCCCCCCACUCUUCACAGUUCUCACUCGCUUGCCACCACCAUGCCUGCCAAGAAGCGUUGUCAAUUCCAGUCUGAGACUCCUUGCAAUUCUGCAGCUCUUCGCAUAGUUGGCCAGUGCCCACAUUGCAGGGCAGAUUUUUGUGGCGCACAUCGCUUACCUGAACAUCAUAAUUGUAACAACCUAGAGGAUUGUCGACAGCAAGCUUUCGAGCGCAACAAGGCGAAGCUAGAGAGCGAACGCACUGUGGCUUCCAAGAUGGCUACUGCAUGAUGCCUCUCUACGUGCCGACAAUAUGUCGCUCCACAUUAACAUUUCUUUUUUACUGGCCUCUGCAUUAUCAGCAUGUCCCACAUCCCGCUACUUUAUAAUACUUGGUCUUCUAUCUAUUGCGUCCCAUCUAUCCAUCCCUUCCCACACUGUGACACUUGUGAUACCUCGGUCACCUCUCCGCCAGCUAUAGGACGCUCGAUCUGUUGUGGGUUGUACUGUUUGUAACUUGCUGGGCGGGGUUUAUGUUGGACUUAUUUGCCUAGGUAUCUUUGGAUUUAUCUUUCUUCACAUAUGUAUUUGU